AUGAUAUGGGAUUAUGCUAUUAAAUGGAAGAAAACUAAGUUGAAAUCCAAUGAAAAUUCCAUGUUCAGCUAUACUAUGCUUUCAUGGAAAAUGCCUCCUCAUAAUUUUUUCAAGUUGAAUGUUGAUGGAACUAGGACUUCUCCUUCUGGUAAAAUAGGUGCUGUUGGUGUUAUUAGAAAUCAUUUUGGAGACUGGAUUAUUGGAUUUCAUAUUAAUAUUGGAGUUGGUGAAAUCUUAGAUGCUGAAGCAUGGGGUCUUUUUCAUGGCCUGAAGCUGGCUGUUGAUUUGAAUAUCAAAAACUUACUGAUUGAAUCUGAUUCUGCUAUCUUGGUCCAACUGAUGCAAAAUUCCAACUUUGAUAUUCAUCCUUUGGGUUCCCUUCUUUGUGGUUGCAAAAACAUUAUGAACAAGAUGGAAGAUGCUCAGCUCCUCAUAUUUUAA